GAACAUGAGCUGCAAACCUCUGUGGAUGCCCUGAGGAAGAUGGCCUGAAUGCGGGAGGAGGCAGCAUGAGAGCGCCGGCAGCAAGGCGCCAUGGAAGACUAGAUGGCAGCGCUGCCAGGUGCUCUGAAGGAGGAAGAGGCCAUCAAGGAAAAGGACGAGCUGAGGGAAGCACAGGUGGAGGUGGCACGAGAACGUCAGCUGCGAAGCAUUGAGCUGAAGAUGCCUUCUGCAUCCUGUAACAUACUACUGGAUGACAUAGAAGAUAUUGUGUCACAGGAAGAUUCGAAGCCACAGGACAGGCAUUUUGCAAGAAAGCACAUUGUUCCAAAAGUGCGAAAGCGAAAUACCCAAAAACACUUGCAAGAAGAAAGGCCACCAAGUGAUAGCACUAUUCCUGGCAUACAGAAAAUUUGGAUACGAACAUGGGGUUGUUCUCAUAAUAAUUCAGAUGGAGAAUAUAUGGCUGGACAACUAGCUGCUUAUGGAUAUAAAAUUACAGAAAAUGCAUCUGACGCAGACUUAUGGCUCCUGAAUAGUUGUACAGUAAAAAACCCUGCAGAAGACCACUUUAGAAACUCAAUUAAAAAAGCUCAAGAGGAGAACAAGAAGAUCGUGCUGGCAGGAUGCGUCCCUCAAGCCCAGCCCCGCCAGGACUACCUGAAGGGCCUGAGUGUCGUAGGGGUUCAGCAGAUAGAUCGAGUGGUAGAAGUCGUGGAGGAAACGAUGAAAGGUCAUUCUGUGAGACUCCUGGGUCAGAAAAAGGGUAAUGGAAAGCGGCUGGGGGGAGCACGACUGGAUCUGCCCAAGAUCAGGAAGAAUCCACUGAUCGAGAUAAUUUCCAUCAAUACUGGGUGCCUCAACUCUUGUACCUACUGCAAAACUAAACACGCCAGAGGGAGUUUGGCCAGUUACCCAGUUGAUGAACUAGUAGACAGAGCCAGACAGUCCUUUCAAGAGGGUGUUUGUGAGAUAUGGUUGACCAGUGAAGACACAGGGGCUUACGGCAGAGAUAUUGGCACCAGUCUCCCCACGCUGCUCUGGCAACUGGUUGAAGUCAUCCCGGAGGGAGCGAUGCUGAGGCUGGGCAUGACGAACCCACCCUAUAUUUUAGAGCAUCUGGAGGAAAUGGCCAAGAUCCUCAGUCACCCCAGAGUGUACGCCUUUCUGCACGUCCCGGUGCAGUCCGCCUCCGACGCGGUGCUCGCGGACAUGAGGAGGGAGUACUGCGUGGCCGACUUCAGGAGGGUGGUGGACUUCCUGAGAGAGAAAGUGCCUGGAAUAACUGUUGCUACCGAUAUUAUCUGUGGUUUUCCUGGAGAAACAGAUCAAGAUUUUCAAGAAACAGUGAAACUUGUCGAGGAGUACAAAUUUCCAAGCCUCUUUAUUAACCAGUUUUACCCAAGACCAGGGACUCCUGCUGCAAAAAUGGAACAAGUUCCAGCACAAGUGAAAAAGCAGAGGACCAAAGAUCUUUCUCGAGUGUUUCAUUCUUACAGUCCGUAUGCUGACAAGAUUGGUGAAAGACAACAAGUGUUAGUAACAGAAGAAUCUUUUGAUUCCAAGUUUUAUGUUGCACACAAUCGAUUCUAUGAGCAGGUUCUAGUGCCCAAGAACCCCACAUUCAUGGGGAAAAUGGUCGAAGUGGACAUUUACGAAUCAGGAAAACACUUCAUGAAAGGGCAGCCAGUAUCUGACGCCCAAGUAUAUACACCUUCCAUCAGCAGCCCGCUAGCAAGAGGAGAAGUCUCAGGCUUAACAGAGGAAUUCAGAAAUAGGCUUGGGCGUCACCUGCACUGCCUGCCCCACGCCUCCGCUGCUGCUCGAGAGGACCUGGCACCUAACCGAAGACUGCUGCCGAAGGACUGUGUGCUGAGGGUGUCUGCGGGCCUGGCUCUGUUUGCACUUCUGUUCGCCUUUUUGGUCAAAGUCUACAAUUAAAAACACAACUAAAUGAAGCAUCUGUGAGGAAGAAUACAUUGCCGAUUAAAAUCUUCCGUGAACAGGAAAGCGAGCAUACCCACUCUCACAGGGCCAUAGUUUGUAGUGGUCUCACUGCCUCCCUUUUGGCCACAGUGUUCAGUGAGGCUGUCCCUGUGUCUUAUGGAGUUGGGCCUAUGUUUGCUUACUUGACCUGAAACCUAGCAUAUCUUUUAAAUUAAGCUCCUUGUGGUUUAUUCUUGGCAAGAAAUGCAAGUGGUUGCAUUUUCUUUACAUCUCGAGUCUUCAAGUCAGAACCAAAUGACCAAUAAGUCUGGGCACCUUUCCCUAAGGAGGGAAGAAUUUUCCAUCUUCAAUAAACAUUUUUAAACGUA